UCACAUCAAUUUUCAACCUGAGUCAUGAAGCAGUCGAGGCUUUCCACAAACGCCUCAUCGAGGAAAACCUGGUCACGCCAGCACCAAUAGUAGUCAGGCCAACGCCAGCAUCGAAAAAGGUCUACACCGUUAUCACGCCUUCUCCUGGAGCCUCGGUAGUGGAGGUGACGAAGCAGAGCCAGGUGGUGAAAACGUUUGUCCCGGUCAUGACCAUGUGCGUUGGCCCACUAGUUGGGCUCGUCCCAAUCACCACAGCGGCGCCUCCAUAUCAAAACUACUCUACCGCGUACGGUACGACUGUGGCAGGAAACAGCUCGUGUUCGACAUACUACAGAGCAACGUCAACAUCGGUCUGUGCAACAACACUCACAGCGAACGGAACCGCCGCCGUUGCGCCAGCGCCAUCCGUUGUCACCAAAAUCACCUACCAUCUGGCUCCUUGGCAGGCGCUUCUCGUUGGAGACACACCAAAUGAGGUCGGUAGCAAAGUCUGUACCGUGAAGAACAAUGACACAUUGGAGUGUAUCCAUUACGAAGAGGUCUGGGAAGUCCAACCAGCCACUAUACAGACUACACGGACAAGCUAUGUGGACUUGACGACGACCGUGACGGGGCCUGGAAGAUUCAUGAUCGAGACACUGCAUAUGGACAUCACUCAGACUGAAACCAUCGUGACUGUAUCGACGAAGAUGCUCCUGGCGUCGGACAUGGAGGUCGAAACGAUUAUCAAAAGCACGAAAACUUCAUCUACAAAGCUACCAGACACGACAAUAUACAUUACCAAGUCGGUGAAGCAUGCGCCAACAAAGACCAAUGCAACAACCACGGUUCACGAGACUCGAAUAACAACGGUGGUUCUAACCACAACGUUAACGCGGCAAUGCUCUCAUUCACCGUCGUCCUAAUAAUUGGGUUUUCAGAGUGGCCAAAGUUCGUCUCUUAGUAUAUUAGCG